AUGACAAAACAUAUAUUUAUUCUGUUUUACCAACCUGAAGAGCAAGUCAAAAUACAGGCGCCUUAUCAAGAAUCUAAAGUACCCAUCCCUAGAGUACUAGAACCCGGGUAUUUAAACAGCCCACCACUAAAGAUACCUGCCGCAACUCUGGCUGAGGUUGUCAUACGGAGUAAAGAAUCAGAAGAAGGAAUUCAAAAAUUCCUAAAUGCAAUGCACGGGCAUGCAUCGCAGUAA